AUGGUGUACGUCCACGGGGGUUACUACGCACAUGGGGCCGGCAGUAUGUAUGAUGGCAGCGCCCUCGCUAGCGAAGGAGAUGUAGUUGUGGUCACCUUUAACUUCAGAUUGGGAAUAUUAGGGUUUCUCAGCACCGGAGACAACAACGCCCCUGGAAAUUAUGGUCUGUCCGACCAACUUCUAGCUCUGGAAUGGGUAAAAAAGAAUAUCCGGUUUUUCAAUGGGGAUCCUGAACGAAUCACUAUAUUUGGGGAAAACACCGGCGCAGCAAGCAUCACCUUACUAACGGUGUCUCCAAAAAGUACAGGUUUGUUUAAGAGGGCGAUUGUACAAAGUGGCUCAUCCUUAGCUACGUGGGGGAUGACACAGGAGCCGUGGCAUUACGCAACUGUUCUGGCGCACAAGGUAGACUGCUGCACAAGUAACUUUUCCCGAAUGGUAGACUGUCUCCGAGGGAAGCCACUUGAUGGUCUUCUGUCUGCGCAUGUCCAGCCUGACGGGCCUCAAUACUUCAUUAGUUUCGGCCCUGUGGUUGAUGGUGACAUUGUCCCCGACAUACCAAUUAACCUCAUGUCCAAACCGAGUGAUGUCCUUAGACAGUUUCAAGACAUUGGGCUCCUGAUGGGCGUCAAUGAGGACGAAGGCUAUGCCUACAUUGAAGGAUACAAGAAUAUUGACAAAGGUGUGAGCGGAGAGGGAUUUGCUGUGGCCAUUCUAGACUUUGUGAACAAAGUCUUUCCAUACAGAGAGAAUGAAAUACAGGACGCCAUCGGCUUUAUCUACACUAACUGGGGCGAGAAGGAGAGCAGUGGCACCCGGCGCGCAGGCCUCGUCAGGAUGUUCACCGAACAACAAAUCGGGGUUCCGCUGGUCAGUGUUGCAAACUACCACGCUAGAGGCAGUCCCUCACCACGGACGUUUCUGUACACAUUCAACCAUAAACCACAGUACAGUCCAUUUCCUGACUGGGUGGGAUCCGUUCAGAAUGAAGAGUUACCUUUCGUGUUCGGUGCGCCAUUAGGUGGUGGUGGCAUUCUUGCGCAAACCAACUUCACCAAGUCUGAAGCCAUGCUUAGUACUGCCAUCAUCACGUAUUGGACUAACUUUGCCAAAACCGGAGAUCCCAACGUGCCACGUAAACAAAAGACACGAUUCAUCCAUAUGCGUCCUAAUAGAUAUGAAGACCUCGAAUGGAAGAACUAUACAAUAGAAGACCAAGACUACAUGUACCUUGGUAUGAAACCAAGGGUCAGGCAAGGGUAUCGUUCCCAACGCGUGGCGUUCUGGACAGAUCUCAUUCCGAAACUCAUUCGUCCACAAGCUGCUUGCUGGGCCAACCGAUCUGGGAAAGACUCCAAGGAUGGAGCAUCCACUAUUCCUGAUAGGAGGGAAUGCCAGUCCGUGACUUUGCGUGGGAAGGUGGUCAUCUGUCUGUACGUUGUUCUGCAGUAG